AUGGGGGUGGAACUCGGGAAGAAGAAUGAAGAACUAAAGCUUGCUAACAAAGCAUUGAAACUUGCCCUUGAUGGCCAGCAAGCCAUUAGGGACGAAACACUAGCCCAGGGUAGAGAAUUGUAUAAGAGAAGCAUGCAAACAAACAAGACCAUUGUCCAUUUUGAGGAGUCAUCAUCGGACCACUUCGAUGAGGCUAUGGCUAGCAUACCUACUGAGGAAGUGGAUGGCCAAGCUACAAAAAAAGUGGCCGGCCAGCCUGCACAUGCCAUGGCACACAGGACAGAUUCUGCCAUAUAUCUCUGUCAAUCCAAAUAUGCAAUGGAAAUUCUCCACAAAACCGAUAUGUUGAAUGCUAAGUCCUGCAAUACUCCCAUUUGUCAUGGUUACAAGUUGUACAAUACCAACAGUGAGGUGUUUUCUGACCCUACACUCUACAGAAGUACCAUUGGGGCUCUUCAGUAUCUAACUCUCACUCGGCCAGACUUGUCUUUUGCUGUUAACAAGUUAAGCCAGUUUAUGCAAUCCCCCACUCUUGCUCACUGGUGUGCAUGCAAGAGAGUUUUAAGGUACAUUAAAGGUACUAUGACCAAAGGUUUAGUCUUCAAACCUGCCUCUCGAUUAACUCUUGAAGGGUUUUCUGAUAACGAUUGGGCAUGUGAUAUUAUCGAUCGGAAGUCGACUACUGGUUUUUGUGUCAAGCUUGGUGACAACUUGAUUUCUUGGGGGUGUUGCAAACAAAGAGUUGUCUCUCGCUCUAGCACUGAGAGUGAAUACAGGUCACUCUCUACUACAGCAACUGAAGUGGUCUGUAUUGCCUCAGUCUUAAAAGAAAUUGGCAUAAACCUUCACUCCAAACCAAUGAUCUAG